UACACAUAAUGUAGACAUCUAACUGACCAAAUCAAUUCAUGUAAGGAUUUAACAUACCAGAAAAUUACUCUCAUUAAACACAUCUAAUUAAAUAUAGUAGUCCGUGCACCUAUAAAUUUAACUGGUAAAUUUAACUGGUGGGUGUUUUGCUUCCGCUCAUGUUAUUACUCAUUUCUGAGCAGCUGCGCAAAGCAACAUAAAUGAAGAGAGUUUCAAUGAAGAUGCUGGCGUUCUUCUUAGGCCUUUUCGUUCUUGCAUCUUUGUUGGGAAAGGGUUUGAUAGAGGCGCAAAUAAGCGCAGGACCAAACAAGGAGCAAUUGAUUGUGAGUGGGCAGGUCUGCAAGUCUCACGAUGACUGCAAAUCCAACGCUGCUAAUAAUGGCCGCCAUUUCUGUAUCAAAGACGUUGCUGGAUCUGAAACGGGUCAUUGUGUCGGAUUUGAUCCCGCCAUUGAGACUGAGCUGAAGAAAAAGAAGCCAAAGAAGGGUGGCUGCGGGUAUUGUGAAACUGACGAUGAUUGCACGGGCUGUCCAGCAGCAGCUUCUUGCGAAUUCAUGGAUUUGCUCUUCAUCUCGAUAUCUACUUUUCUUUUUUAUCCAUCUAAAAUAUUUUAUUCUCAAUUCAAACAAUUAAUAAUCAGGUUUACCUUUAUACUAUUGAUUGAUUUUGAGAUGAAAGGAGUGAUUAUUGAAUCUUUUAGAUUUACAUCAAUAAUCAAUAUUUAUGUAAGCAUAUAAGGGAGCAUUUGUGAUUUCUUCUACUUCAAAAAACACUAUUUUAAAG